AUGUCGGAUCCCAGCGCAAAACGGCAACGUUUGGACUCGAUUGGAAGAUUCUCUCCCGCCUCGCCGCCUUUUGACGUCGCCGCCUUGGCGGGACAGACGACAAAGACGCCCAUUCACCCUCGCACACCCACAUCGCCACCCUAUCCCUCGAUGAGUUCGCACUCUAAUGGAGCAUUUGCCAUGACUUCCACGGCCGCGUCCUCGGACAUGUCCCCGCAAUCCUCGGUUCCCAUGUCGCAGUCGCUCUCACAAUCGGCGACAUCGGCCUCUAUACUCCACCCAUUUCCGACCCCCGCAAGUACCGCUGGAGUCAUGUCCAGUGCAAAUCUUGACAGCGACGGCGAUGCGAUGAUGGACGACAGUGCCGAGGAUGACACAGUGCGGUUGCGUAACCACAGGCCUUCCAACCAUAAUCGGCAAGGCCAAUUUCUAUACACAAAGGACGGACGAUUAAGAGCUUCUGUGGGCACCUGCGGGAGUCUAUUGUUCAAAGCCCCCCAAGAAGAACACACAAUGUCGAGACCGCACGGCUCGCAAAAUCUUUUCGAUCUGUACAGUCUAAAUUCUCUGGCUAGCUCGGUCGCUAGAAACGAUCCGGUUACAGGAGAGAAGAUCAAUAAGCUUCGAAAAUCCUACGAGGGGCACAUCAAGUAUCUGCAGAUAGCAGGCAAGCCAAAGGCAACCAAGAUGGACAGAGUAUUCCUCGAUCCCCUCUUCAUACCCGAGGACGACUGGCACGUACUCAAAGUGCAAGGGAAAGAGCUAGAAAGAGCUCUGACCCCAGAUCAGACGGCAUUGGCUCCAGAGUUUGGCAAACUCCUCGAUGGCGCAUUUGCAGGCAUGGCUCCAGGCCCACUUCCAACGGCAGACACGGCUAAAUACCGUGCGUACAUCGGCACAGACGACACCGUGAAACCGAAGCCGCAAGACGGACCACCACAACGAACCACACCAUUCGCAUCGUCGGCGCCGACACCAAGCAAUCCCGCUACGCACAGGGGGGCAUCGAGACCAGAACGCACAGGAUCGAAACGACAGUACACAGACGCUGCAUUUCAAGGCUAUGGCGAAGGCUAUGGAGACGAAUACGCAGAUUCGACAGGCGGAGAGGAUAACGCCCAGGGGAACCUGGCGAAGCGGCGGAAGCUCCAAUUUGAACGAACAUCUCACUCCGUGGAAGUGGGCGGCGCACGACGAUAG